AUUACUGUGAGCUCGGGCCUCCUGAGUCAACCACAACACUGUGGUGGACGACUGGACGGUGGUGGCUGUUGUUCUUAUUACACCGAGUGUGUUUUUGAUCAAGAAAAAAAGUGCUUAAGGAAUAUUGUCUUGGAAUUUGGGGCUGAUUUCAGUUGAUCAUGAGAAAACCUCCGCUACAACCCAUCAACUAGCAUCAUGGAAGACACAUGGAGACAGGAGACCAGAUGUCGACUUCACUGCCUAUACUCAGUAACUGACUCUGGAGCACACCAGAUUUUCCACCUCCAGACCAGGACCAAUCACAGGGCUCCACAUACUAUGGUACUAAGACCGGCCAGUUAUAACCCAGACUGACUGAUGGCCAGCGCCAUCUUGUGACCAUAGUCAUCCCUAAACAAACUGAGGAAGUAGUUCACCAUAACUCCUCCCCCCAAAAAAGAAAGCCACCAGGCUUUAAAAGAGACACCAGAAGACCUAGACAUGGACGAGGCACCACUUCCAGUCCUUUGCACAGGGCCACAUGGAGCUGGGCCUGACACACCGACUCCACCAGACCUACCACUCUUACACUGAGUCACCCCUUUAUUCGAAAUGGCAAUGAGUGGUAGUUCACCAGCCAUGAUGAGGGGCUCCUACACGGGCCAGAUGGUUCCAACGUCACAGUCAGGCAGCCAAGGUGUGCAACAAGGUGGUGGGGAAUCAUCCCAGACACAACCCCACCCACAAAGGAAUACAUCAUUUUUGUGUAAGGCCGGCUGCGAAGCUGUUCAAGAAAUUGUCCUGAGAACUAGUGAGGUUUUUUCUCAUCUAAAGAAUAUGCCACUUCCAAAUGGUUCUAAUCAAGGCACACAGUUAAGUACUGAAAAAAAAAUGCGGAUCCAAGAAAAUCUCAGUGCCAUUCAGCGUCACUUCAAACCCCUCAGAGCCAUUUACAUCCGUGUUAAUGAUGACUGUGCAGGGAUGGAAUAUACUCAUAUAGAGAGCUUAAUUCCUUACAAGGACGAGGCAGACAACAGGGCAGACUACAAGAAAAUUGGUGAAAACUAUCGUCAUCUUGUGGAGGAAUCUAGGGAACUCAAGGAGCAACUAUACCUAAAAGCCCGAUACAUGAAGGAGAUUAUAGACCAGUUGCGCACGAUCAUCUGGGAAGUGAACACCAUGUUGGCGAUGAGCAACACCUAGUGUAUUUCUUCCUAGUAACUUUGAAGUUUUAACAGACUGUUAAUUUAGGUUCUAUAAUCACUAUAGUGAUUAAAAAAUAUUAAAUUUUCAAGUGACCCAUUGGUCCAGUUUCUUGAAAACCUGCAUUAUACAAUAUUACAUCCAAUGUUUAGUAUAUUACAGUACUGUAUUUUAUAAAUCAUGUCUCUAUCUUGAAUAUUUUA